UGGCGCGUGCUAAAACAAAAGUUAAAAUACAAUCAAGAAGAAGACUUUGUACGGGCUACAAAUCGCUGGCAUUGAUUCAGAAAAGCCAACAAAAGAAAAUCCAGCGAGCUAACCUGACAAAUUAGGAACCAAAACAGCGACUGUCCCACACAGUUGAGUGUUUUGUGCCCAAAAAAAAAAAAAAAAACAAAAAUUAAGAACACAUUUAAAGACUGAAAAACUGGCAUAUUAAAAAUAUACAUCGAUUGUGAUAUUACAAAUUUAGUUAAUUGUGUGUGAUAUUUAAACUAAGUUAAUUCUUCCAAAAAUAUACAACACAUUCAUAAAAAAUGCAGGAUUAUUGGCAUAUACCACGCGCCUCGCUCGUCUCCUCCAACAGCUCAGCAAUGAGCUCGGCGAGUUCGUCGAAAUCCUCGAACAAAUCGAACUCAAAUCCACCAACGCUGGCGCAGCGCAGCAUUGUUUCGGCCAAUUCGAAUGCCACAAGUGCAGCAGUUACAGCUGCUGCGGCGGCAGCAGUGCUGGCUGCUGCCAAGCGAGGAUCACGCUCCUCCCAGGGCUCCAGCGAUAGCAACAAUAGCACAAGGAGCGCCGCUUCUGGUUCACUGCUGCUGACGGCAGCGAAUCUGGAACGCUUUGCGGAGAUCCACAAGAAACAGGAGCGUCAGCACAAAAUGAUGCUAACGGAGCAGCUGCCCAGUGUGCAUGGGAAUAGCACCAGCUCGGCCAACUACAACGCGAAUCUAACAUUGGCCAACAACAAUGGCAACGACAACAAGGAUGCCGUUAUACCCAUCGAUGCUGAUCCCAAUCUGCAGUACGUACGAACCAAAGAUUUGGACACUGUGUCCAUUGCCAGCUCCAUGCACUUCACCAUGGUAAAUGGCGAACCAGGCGGCGCCAAGAAACCCAAACGUGGACUCUGCGAUCGUGGUCGCCAGGUGACCGUGUUGAUUGUCAGCAUGAGCACCAUCUUUCUGCUGCUCAUCAUGGGCAUGGUCUAUGCACUGGAGAUGCGUGCUCGUGACAUGCCCAAAAGCUAACACGUAUAUUUUGGGCGGGAUCCUUCCCAUUUUUUUGGCUUCUUAGUUUAUUAUUUAUUGUAUGGAUUUGCC